CUCUCUCUCUCUCUCCCUUUAAAAAGGAAUUCCAUUAAAUCUUUUUCUUCUACUGAUACUUCUCUAUUCCCCAAGCCCUUUCAUAAAGCAUACCCAAUUAAACACUGCCUAGCUAUAUCUUGUGCUUAAUUUUCUAUAUUUAGUAAAAUUAAGCAUAAGAUGAGCUCGGAAGAGCCGGUAAAGUCGCUGUCCGUGGACUACCUUAACCUCCUGAUAAACGGCCAGGCCCUCGCCGAUGUCGCAUUUGCCGCGCGGAGCCACUUCUUCCGCAAGUUCUUCUGUGGUCUCGACCCGUCGCCGUGUCUAUUACUGGAUUCUUGUUACAACCAGCAGCAGCUCCUGCAGCCACUGUAUCAGCAAGGGGAGAUCAUCAGCUGCUCCUCCCCACCGCAGGUUAUCAGGGUGCGGUCCAUCCGGUACGACGUGUUCAUGCUUAUGUUGCAGUUUCUGUACAGCGGGCAGGCGACUUUCGCGGCACCGAAGAAUGCUGUGCUGCCAGGCUGCGGCCAGAGAGGGUGCCACCACACCUGCUGUACUGCCACCGUCGACUUCACACUCGACGUGCUCGCCACAGCCCGGUCAUUCGAGCUGGAUCAGCUGGCCUUGCUUGUUCAGAAGCAACUGCAAAGCAUGGUGGAGGACGCGUCCAUGGAGGAUGUGAUCAAGAUCCUCAUGGCCUCUCGUAAGCACGAGAUGCACGAUCUAUGGACUACGUGUUGCCAAAUCAUCGCCAGGUCACCCCUCUCUCUCGAGCACCUUCCCAUCACCACCACCACCCCCACCAAAUUUGAGCAACUUCGGGCCAGCUCCCCCUUCACGUACCCAACUCACCACCACCACCACCACCACCACUAUCUCCCCAUGAUCGCCUCCGCCUCGUCAUCCUCCUCCUCCGGCAUGGACCGCGACGACGACGAAGAAGAAGACCCGAAGAUCCGGCGCAUGCGGCGGGCCCUCGCGGUGUCAGACAUGGAGGCGAUCAAGCUGAUGGCGAUGUCAGAGGGGCUCGACCUCGACGCCGCCCUCGCUCUCCACUAUGCAGUCCGCCACUGCGGCCGGGACAUCGUCAAGGCCCUCCUCGAGCUCGGCGCCGUCGACGUCAACCGCCCUGCGGGGCCCUCGGGGAAGACACCUCUGCACAUCGCAGCCGAGAUGGCGUCGCCGGACAUGGUGUCGGUCCUCCUCGACCACCAUGCGGACCCGACCGUGCGGACGGCCGAUGGGAUGGCGCCGCUCGACGUCCUCCGCCACCUCACCUCCGAGCUCCUCUUCAAGGGGGCCGUGCUGGGGCUGGCACGUGUCGAGCCCAAUAAGCUCAGGCUUUGCCUCGAGCUGGUCCAGUCCGCCGUGGCAGUUCUCGCUCGAGAAGGUUCAGCUUCUGCUUCUGCUUCCGCUUCCGCUUCUGCUGCCACAGGAGAAGAGACUAGCGACGGUGGACACAAUCCUUUCAACAAUGCAAUCACCUAUCAAUCAAUGAGAGUAGGCGGCGACCACAACUGUGCUAGAAGUGAUAGUUAUCAUGGUUUAGAUAGCCUUAGCACGGACGCGAGGAUGGUAUACCUAAAUCUUGGUAUGGUGAGUGGUUCGACUAGUCCACAUUAUAUGAAUGACGAUGGAAAGAAGGGAAAUAAUAGCUAUUUUCCUCAAGGGUUCCCGUAGUGGCAAUAUGUUGGUUGAUCAUCCUCGAUCCCUUGCAACAAAUGAAAGUGCCACUCUUAAUUACUUGGUUUUAUGCCUCUAAUUCCUAGUAGGGUACGUAUAUCCAUGGUCGUGCCGAAACAAAUUGCGAUUAAGGAGAGGGAUAUAAGGAAAGAGAUGGUUUAGGAUGUUCGCGGCGGAGUAGUGUCAAUUGGAAUUGAGGUGGUGGGUUCUUCUUGUUAAUUGUGCGUGUUACUUAAUUGAGUUAUAUAUUUUGUAUUCAUUAAAAUGAUGUUCAUGUGGAGUAGCCUUUAAGCAUCCAGGCAUGGAGUGUAUGAAUUUUUAUUCUAUCACAUGAUGGCCAUCUUACCAAUUA